AUGCCUCCACCAACUGCCUCGACUGAGACCUUCUCGCCCGAAGAACUCUACAACGUUGUCUGUAGCGCGGCAUCUCAGGACCCUGCGCAACUGCAGGCAUCUGCCACUCGACUGAAGGAGAUCCUGCAACUGUUUGGUGCCUAUGAUACUUUGUAUGAGAUUGCGUCACAAAGAACAGUUCCUCUGCCCGUACGUCAACAGAGUAUCAUCCAGUUCAAGAACAGUGCCAUAAGCCAUUGGCGAUCAAGAAAACUCUUCUCAGACCAGCAUCGAGAACGCGUACGCGUGCGAUGCUUGUCACUUUUAGACGAGACCGAUGACGUUAUCGCUGAAUGCAACGAAGUCAUCAUCGCCAAAAUUGCACGCUAUGACCUCCCUCAAAACUGGCCUGCUCUGAUUCCGCACCUACUUGGGACCAUUGGUACAAACGUUGAUGCACGUUACGGAGGUGGUCAGGGUGGAUCAGCCAUUCAUCUCCGGCGCAGCUUGGAAGUCCUCAAUGCGAUACUAAAGGAGUUUAUGAGUGUCAAGUUGCCUAGUGGAUUGAAGGUCAUGGGGGCUCUUGUGCAAGAGCUCCACCAACCCUUACAGGGUCAUUACUCUCGAGUGGCAUCGUCAUUCCCUACGACCACUACUCCAGCUUCAAUCUCUCAAUCUCGUCAUGCGGAGGACUUAUUGUUCGCCCAUCUUAUAUUCAAGUGCGUCGUUAAGUCUGCAGAAUGGACUUGGAACCGCAUCGUGCACAACAGCUACGAGCAUCUGGAGCCUUGGAUUCAACAGCUGUUCCAAGCGUCUGCCAUGCAAUUACAGUCCCUCUCGGAACUACGCAUUAACCUCAUGCUUGCCCUACAAACCACGCAGACAGACGAGAUCGGUACACGUUCCGUCGACAUCUUAACCCGUCAUGUCAGGCUCUUCGGCAAACUCUUCCGGCGCAUGCAGCAGUUGGCUUCGUCGCGUUUCAUUGCGCUCCCUCUCUGCAGCGACCUCGUCAUGUACUACUGGAGCAAAGUUGUGCAGGCAUCAAAUGCCCCUGCAGAGGCAAUCUCUGAUACUUGGAGCGCAGUGUUUCCUGUCCGUUUCCUAGUCCAAGCGAUGGUGCUCUUCAAAGACAGUCUGGCCCAGUGGGCACCCGUCCGCAAGGAUGGCUCUCAGAAUGCAAAUGCACUAUCCAAGGAGUUUGUCGAGAAUGCCGUGCAACUGCUGGUUACGAGGUUCAUCCCGCUGAACCCGUCUGACCUUGAGGAAUGGGUGUCUGAUCCGGAGGGUUGGGUCAACCUUGAAGAGCAAGACAACGAGCAGUGGGUUUUCGAGAUACGCCCGUGUGCAGAACGUGUCCUCAUGACGCUUGCCAACAAUUACCAGCAAUAUGUCACUCCGCUGCUGGACACUACGUUCAAGCAAGCUGUUGGGCAAAGGCCUGUUGAUCUUCCGGGCGUCGUACAGAAGGAAGCAUUAUACUGUGCUGUCGGCCGAUGCGCAACGCGUUUGAAAGAAUCGAUCCCUUUCGGCCAAUGGCUUGAGCACACGCUGAUUGCUGAAGCCCAAGAUUCUAAUGCGAGCUAUCCAAUUCUGAAGCGUCGCAUAGCCUGGCUAGUGGGGAAGUGGAUCUCGGACGAUUGUUACCCAGCGAACGAUCCAAAGAUAUGGCAAGUCCUGCUCUACCUAUUGCAAGAUCGAGGACAGGGUUCCGACGAGGUCGUGCGGCUAACUGCCGCCAUGGCGCUCAGAGAAUGUGUGGAUACGUUGUCUUUCGAUGUCGACGUCUUCACUCCCUUCUUGUCAACAUCUGUCAAUGAGCUCGUACGACUCAUGGCCGAAUCGGAGACGUUGGAGGCGAAGCGCCGCAUUGCGAACAGUUUGAACACGGUCAUAGAACGAGCAGGAACAAGGAUCGUCCCUCUCAUUGGGAACAUCGCUCAGCCGCUUCCACAGCUCUGGAACACUGCCGGAGAAGAUUGGCUGUUCAAAGUGAGUCUGUUGGGGACCCUCACGAACCUUGUGCAGUCAUCCAUGGAACAUUCCGUCACCCUCACAAGCCUUGUUGUUCACCUGAUCCAACAAAGCUUUACCCCAGGUGCACAAUUACACCUUGACCAAGAUGCUCUUGCGCUGUGGUUGAUUGCCAUCCGCAACUCCACAACGCUUGAGGGUGUUGAUGGCGGUCCGGGCUACAUCAGCCUCUUCCCGCUGGUCAUCUCGCUUCUAUCCGAGAACCUUGACCUCCUCGGUAGCAUCAGCGAGAUUGUCGAAUCUUACCUCCUCGUCGAUGCCACGCGUAUACUGCAGCUUUACGCCGUUGAGCUGUUCCAAGCUUUUGCGAAGGCGAUGACACAGGCGGUCGAAACAAACGUCGGUGAUAUGGCAAGAAUUCUGACUACGCUCUUCCAAAUUGGGCCACCUCAGCUUUGGGGAGAACCAUUGCAUAGAUCCGGUCUCUUUGCGCUUGUGGUGAAAACACUCACAGACGACAAAGCGAAAACAUCCAUCCUAACGGAGGAAAUCUACGUCCUCGCCCGAGUCGCUGUGGCCAACAAACAGCUCUUCCUGCAGCUCAUGCAAGCUACAGCCCAGGCGCACAAUGUUUCUGAAGCCCAUAUCUGGGAAGGGGUCCUCGACCAGUGGUGGACGAGGUUCGAUAAUAUGUCAGAACCGCGGCAUCGGAAGCUGACAGCCAUGGGGAUCGCGAGCCUCAUCUCUACGGGCCGUCAGGAGGUCCUGGGUCGGCUGUCAUCCGAGGUUUGUAACCUGUGGUUGGACGUUUUCGGGGAGAUAAAGGAGACUGAGAGCCAGGCCGCCGAGCCCGACCCUACUUUGACACGGUAUUGGGACAGGCCCACCGAUCAGUUUUUCCAAGGUUCAGAGGACACCCUCGAAUACGAACGCCGCAAAGCGCUGUACGAGAACGAUCCUGUGCGCACCACAAAGCUGACCACAUACAUCGCGACAUGUCUGGCGGAAGCAGAGAUGGCAUGCGGGGGACCAGCCAAUCUACAGGCGAUGUACCUCGCUAAAGCUGACCCCACCGUGUUGGGUCAGCUACAAGCAGAGCUCGCACGUCCAUGA